CUUACUAGCCCCAUCGGAGGCUCCUAUUGGCUCCUGCCUUACGAAAGGGGCGGAAUAAGAGGCUUGACUAUGCCCGGAUGUUUUCCAAGCCUCCGCUGGCUCGCCGCCUCUGUCUGGUGUCGGGCGCUGUAAGCGACAUGGAUGGCGGGGAGGAGCAGGUGAUGUUGCCGCCGAGCCCUCUGGAAGGGCCCAGGUUGGAGGAGGAGGAGGAGGCGACGGCGGAGAAGCAGGAAGAGUCGAGCAUUGAACCCCAGCCGGCUGCCGAAUAUUGCUCCGUGAUGGAGGCGCUGACUUGGAAGAGGCCGUUCUGCACCCUGGCCAGCUUCCUCUGCGCCAACCUGCUCUUCUGGUUCCUAGCACUAACUCCUUGGAAAUUUUACCACCUGGUUUCACUCAUACUACUUGGAAUAGUCUUUAUGCAAAUGAUGAAGGAAUUAGUGUUGUCUAGACUAAAAGGUGGGCAGUUAUGGCGACGUCUCACUGACUACUUCCAAAUCAGUGAGUCUGAAUCCGAAAAUCGCCUUAGACUGAACCAAUGUAUAGAAGAAGCAAUGAUGAGUUUCUUCUUGUUCCUCCAAGAAAUGUCUCAUUUUAAAGAACAGAACCCUGGCAAGUUUUGCCUUCUGGUCUGCAGCAUAUGCACAUUCUUCACAGUCUUGGGAAGUUACAUUCCUGGAAUUGUACUCUCCUAUCUUCUGUUAUUAUGUGCCUUUUUAUGUCCAUUCUUCAAAUGCAAUGAAUUUGGACAAAAGGUAUAUAGCCACAUUAAGUCAUAUCUGCUGAAACUGAACUUUGGAAUACAAGACUUUAUCAACCAAAAGUUAAAAGAGAGAGCAGAAAUGAUCAAAAGAAAAUCAAGUAAGGAUGACAGUGAACUAGACUUAUCAGCUUUAUGUCCUAAGGUUAGCUUAGCCACUGCAGCCAAGGAGAUGUCUGUAUCAGACACGGAUAUUUCAGAGAUAUCUUGGACUGACAAUGGAACUUUUAAUUUAUCUGAGGGAAACACUCCACAGACAGAUACAUCUGAUGUAGAUUUUGAUCGGCCAAGUGACCAUGAGGAAGCUUUCACGAAGGAUCUUGCAGAAUUUCCAUCUGUAGAAAAUGGUGCUGGAACAAACGAUGAUGAUGAUUCAAGCAUUGGCUUGCCAGUGCGGCAUAAAAGGAAAAAAGCUCAUCCCCCAACCCCAUUGGACCAGUAUUACAGGCAGGAUAAGGAGGGGCACUCUGCAGCAGGCCUUUCCUUGUCUUUGAUCAAUGACCAGGCCUUCAGCUUGGUGACAGCAAUUGCCGGCGAUGUUGUUACAUCGGUGGUUUCAGCAGCUGUCAGAGAACAGUUGCAAUCUGUGCAGGAAAUCCCAAGUAUAAGUGAAGAGGCAGAUGCAGAAGAAGGAGACGAUUUUGAACUGCUUGACCAGUCAGAGCUUGAACACAUGGAAAGUGAACUGGUGCCUACCAAAAGCCCAAAGGCAGAGCCACAGGAAAAGAAGAAGUCUUCAAGCUUCCUCUCAAAUCUGCUUGGUGGGCAUUAAUGUGGAAAGAGAAGCUGCUUAAUAGUAUAUCGACAUAAAUACAGACAAUGUGAAAUGCAAGGAGAGAAAUUAUGAGCUGUAAGCUUUAUCUAUUAUUCUAGAUGUGCUGUAACAUUCUUCAUGCAGAGUGAACUAACGUGUUUUAGAUCAAUUGAUGCUGGUAGCUUUGUUUCUGAUAGUGAUGCCAUAGAAAUGAAAUCACGUUAUUUUCAUUCACAGCAAUUUAAGAGGCUUCUUAUACAAAUGUAGCUCAGUUUUGGCUGUUGCCAAAUCUUUGUCACUUUCAGCCUGUUUGUUCUUCUUUUUUUUCCCCAAACAUUUUGGCAGCAAUAUUUCAGGGAGAGAAAAUACCUGCAAAAUUGAAAAAGCCAUCACAUCCUACCUUAACAAGGCUCUGAACACUUUUGCUGCCAUCAUCCCUAACGUACCAAGUCACACAUUCUCUAAUUGGAUAGUAAUUUUUUUGUAUAACCUGUCUGAAUCUCAGUUAUUCAUAUGGGUUAGCUAGAGAAGCAAUAUAUUUUCAAACUCUAUUCUUAAAGGCCUUGGAGUUAGGCAAAAUAUCCGUAUCCUAUAUACCAGUGAUGGCGAACCUAUGACACGUGUGCCGGAAGUGGCACGCAGAGCCAUCUCUCCGGGCACGCCAGCCAUCACCCGUUGCUGUUCCAAGUUCAGAUGUGGCCAGCUGGUCUUUGCACGCACGGAAGCACAGGAAACCAGAAGAGCAGCUCCCUGGGGUGCAUGCGCCCGGGAAGCUGAGCUUCUGGUUUCCAGCGUGCGCAUGCACACCGGUCAGCUGAUCUUCACGCACAUAUGCGUGGCAGAAGCCAGAAGACCACAUGACCAGUGCGCAUGCACGCAUGCGUGCAGGAGAACUGCUCUUCUGGUAUGCAGUGCUCCCGUGCAUGCGCGCGCGCUCCUGUUUCGGCACUUGGUGCCGAAAAGGUUCGCCAACACUGCUAUAUACCAUAGCGCACUUUGUACAACUACUUAUAGCACAUGUAUCUGCUGUGUGGAGUUGAAUUUAGGUUGAGUAGGAACUGAUUAGGAAAAAAUUCAAAACUGAAAUUAAGUUGACAAUUUUUUAAAUUUUCAGUUCCAUUAAUUUAAAAUGGUUUAACCUUAUAUAUUUAAAAUAUAAAAUCAUACAGAUCUGAUCUAUUUAUUUCUGAAAGACUACUGUUACAUAAGAAAUAAAAUAUUUCUGGCAUAUAAAUAUAAAAUGCUGUUAAUUUUAGCACAUUGAACAUCUUGUGGUUCACUCCGAGAAGAAACUUAGUAAAACUUCUAUUGAGCAUUAUGGUUUACCUUUAAAAUUGAGGGUAACAGGAGUGCCUUAUCAAGGUGAACCAAACUUUAAAAAGAAAUAGCUUUAACAUGCUUUGACUGGCAUGUUAAAAGAAGCCAGCAGAUUGAGGGACCAUAAUAACUGCUCUGAUUUAUCUCCAAUUUGUAGAGAUUUUUACUGGCAUUCUAAUCAGUAUAUAUAGUAAUGAUGUGACCCUAAGAAGUAAAGGUGCAGUUUAAAGAGAAAUUUAUUUUCUUUCUGCUAUGUUUAUUAGGUAACUUGCAAAGUACAUGUGGCUUUGCAAUACGCAGAUAUGAGAAAAAUGUUGUUAGUUCAGUUCCAAGUCUUCUCUCUCAUCCUACCUUCUGAAAACAUUCAGUAAAGUCCACAUACCCAAGGCUACACUAAUCCAGUGCCAGUUCUAACUCUAAAGCAGAUUGUUCACUGAUUUCUGUACAUCUUUACCAAAUGUUAUUGUGCUUCAAAUGUGGAAGUGUAGAGAAAUACUGGGUUGCGAUCCCCCAGAGUGAAAACAAAACAUAGACAUCUAGAUCUAGAUCUAGAAGAUACUACAGGUAGUCCUUGCUUAAGGACUACCCUGUUUAGUGAUCAUUUGCACUUAAAACAUAACUUUAUAAGCAAUCUUUGCAUUUAUGAUAUCGCAGCACCCCAUGGUUACAUACAGAUACAGGCACUUUGCAGUACCUAGACCCGUGAUGGCGAACCUAUGGCAGGCGGGCCACAGGUGACAUGCAUAGCCAUAUCAGUGGGCACGCCAGCUCAGCUCUGGCGCGCAUGCGCACACAGGCCAGCUGAUUUUCGGGCCUUCUGGGCUCACCAGAAGUAGGGAAAUAGGCCGUUUCAGGCCUCCAAAGGGCCUCAGAGGGAGUGGGAAAGGCUUUUUUCGCCCUUUCCAGAUGCAUAGAGAGGAUCUGGAGCCAAGUAAGAAAGAAAAGCGGGCCUACCGGGCCAUCACAUGCCAGAAGCGGGGGUGGUGGUUGCGCGCACAGGGCAGGGCACAUAGAAUUAUGGGUGUGGGCACUUGUGCACACGAACCUCCCCUGCCUCCCCCUCUCUUGGCACGCGAUGGCAAAAAGGUUAGCCAUUACUGACCUAGACAUUUACGACCAAAUAUUCCAUAGUUAUAUGAUCACCAUUUCUGCUUCCAAUAAGCAGAGUUAAUGGAAUAAAAUUGCAAUUUACUGUCACGUAAUAUCUCACUUAAUGACUGGGCAAUUCACUUAACAAUAAUAGCAGAAAUGAUCCAGUGAUGUCUUGUUUAAUGACCAUGUCGCUCAGUGAUAGAGUUGCCAGUCUUAGUUCUGGUUGUUAAGCAGAAACUUAUGUACAGGUAGUCCUCGACCUAUGACCACAAUUGAGCCCAAAAUUUCCAUUGCUAAGCAAGGGAGUUGUUGAGUUACAGCCCAUUUUCAACCUUUUUUGCCACAGUUGUUAAGCGAAUCUCUCCUGCUGUUAAGUGAAUCAUAUGGUCAUGAAGCUAAUCUGGCUUCCCCCCGUUGACUUUGCUAGUCAGAAAACAGCUGGGAAAUGGUGACCACAUGACUUUGGAACAGUGCAACUGUAAUAAAUACAUGCCAAUUGCCAAGCGCCCAAAAUUUUGAUCACAUGACCACAUGAAAACCGGUCAUGAGUCAGUUUUUUCAGUGCCAUUGUAACUUCAAACUGUCAUCAAAUGAAUGGUUUUAAGUCAAGAACUUGGAACUUGUAUAACAUCUGUUCUGCUUUUUAUUAUUAACAAUGUUCCUUUCACUUUUUUUUAACCUAGAGUAACAUAGGAGAAAGUGGUUUUAGACUCAGCAAAAGAAGGGUAUCAUAACCAUUACUCCAAAGUAAAUAAGGUACAAUACGGACUUGGGGUGUGAUAGGAAGCAAUCCUCUUAAGGUAGCCACAUCCCCCAGAAGUUUCAAUACAUUUGACUUUUCUAUGUCAUCUCUGUGUGCAUCUAUAGCUACUUUAUUUUACUGACAAUCCCAAUGGAAGUGUUGUCUGUACAUGGACAUUCAGGCAACCUUGGAAAACUUUCAAUGCAGUUGUGUGAAGCCUUUUGUGUAUAGUUGCCUCAAAAGUUUUGGGGAUGGUUUGUUCAAAUCGAUGCGUUUUGCAGUGUCCUUUUCAAAUUCUUUGCAAAGUCCUAAAAGUAAAUCCUCUUAAGAUUUUCUAAGGAAAGCACCUGGUUUCAGCAAAAUUAGUGUUCUGGUAGCCUGGUUCUGACAAUACCAAGUUCUGACAGUUCUUGCUAAUCAAAUGUAUUAGAUGUUUGCAUAAUUCUAGCUUUGACACUGCUGGGCAGUUUCACCAUUUGAAAUACAAAUUAGAAGGCUCUACCAUUGUGUACAAUGCAAACUCAUUAAAUUGUGUUUUCUUUUGUAAUAAAGUUAAUGGAUCUUACCAUUAAAUGGAUAUAGGAAUAAGAGGCAUUUACUUCUAAGGAAACAUGAUGCAGAUUGUAAGUCUAAAGAGCAGGCACAUGGCUGUUGUAAGUUAAACUACUAAGAGAAUCUUCUCAGUACAACCCAUUAUGUUGUGAACUGUAACUGUGUGCACUUUAUUAUUUUCUUUAAAUAAAUAUUUCAGGGAUUUUCAAAUGUCAGAUACAGAGGUACUGUUUUAGAGAAUGAAGUUCCAUCAUUGAAAACAACUGAAGGGGCUACUUAAGACUUCUUGUAAGCAAUUCUCUUUCUGGUUUUCAGGUAAACAGGUAUAAUCCCCAUAUUGUCCUUUCUGGACAACCUAAAACAUUUAUAUAAUUGCACUCAUUUCCUUAUUGUUUGGAAAUUUAUAUUGCAAAAAUUAUAAUGAAUUGGUACCUUUAUGUCUUUCUUUGUGUUUAUUUUUAAACAGACAGGCUAAAAACCUAUUUGUGACACACCCAAAGAUCUGAGUAUGCUGAAUUUUUCCCCCUUAGUUUGUUAUUGUUGUUGUCAUUGCAAAAUAAAAUAUUCUACCUAUGAAGCCCCAAAAUCAAUUUAAUAAAUAGGAAUGCUCUACAGUUAAAAA